AUGGCUGCCACCACUUUCUUCACCACCGACUCCCUCGUCAACUAUGGCCGCUCCGGCUACAACAAGGGCAACUCCGAUGACGAUGAGGAGAACAAGCUCCGCGACUUCGGCCGUUCCGGCUACAACAAGGAUGACAAGGAUGACGAGGAGAACAAGCAGCACUAA